UAAACACGUUCUUCAAUGGCCAGUUUGCUCCUUACAAACCUUGCACUACUUCCUUCUCCACCUCAUAACAACAAAUUGGAAAUGAAGAACAACAAGAAGUUUUGCUCAAGCAUCUUCCCAUUCUUCCUCUCCAUCUUCUGCUUGCCUCAUCUUCUUCUCCAAGCCGAUGCAUCGGCCGCGCCUGAAGAUUUUAUCCGGCAACCUCCUCGGAAGAUUGUGUACACUCAACACAAGCGAUCCGAAUCCGAACCACAACAGGUGCAUGUGUCUCUGGUGGGGAAAGACAACAUGAGAGUCACGUGGAUUACAGAGGCUAACCACGUGCCGUCAACGGUGGAGUAUGGGCCGGAACCCGGGAAAUAUAUUGGAAAAGAAACCGGAGAACAUAGUUCGUAUCAUUAUUUCUUCUAUCGUUCUGGAAAGAUACACAAUGUCAAGAUCGGACCGUUAGAUCCAAACACGACCUAUUACUACAGGUGUGGAGGUUAUGGCCCUGAGUUUUCCUUCAAGACUCCUCCUGCUUCUUUCCCAAUCGAGUUUGUUGUGGUCGGGGACCUCGGACAAACGGAAUGGACUGAAUCAACUCUAUCACACGUUGACAACAAAGACUACGACGUACUCUUAUUACCGGGUGACUUAUCUUACGCGGACACGAACCAAGACUUGUGGGACUCAUUUGGUCGCCUGGUCGAACCCUACUCGAGCCGCCGUCCAUGGAUGGUCACGGAAGGGAACCAUGAGAUGGAGAUUUUCCCAAUCUUACACCCUCAAGGCUUCAAGGCCUAUAAUGCACGGUGGCGCAUGCCGUAUGAAGAGAGUGGCUCCACCUCGAACUUGUACUACUCGUUCGAUGUAGCUGGUGCCCACAUUAUAAUGCUGGGGUCUUACACGGAUUUCGAUCAGGAUUCCCAUCAGCUCAAGUGGCUUGAAGCCGAUUUGGGGAGAAUUGAUAGAGGAAAAACGCCUUGGGUGGUUGUGCUGGUGCACGCGCCUUGGUAUAAUACGAAUACUGCACACCAAGGAGAAGGAGAGAGCAUGAGAAAAGCCAUGGAGGAGUUGUUAUAUAAGGCUAGAGUCGACGUCGUUUUUGCAGGACAUGUUCAUGCUUAUGAACGAUUUACUAGAAUUUAUGACAAGAAAGCUGACUCGUGUGGACCGGUAUACAUAACCAUCGGCGAUGGUGGCAACCGAGAAGGGCUUGCAUUAACGUUCAAGAAUCCUGCUUCCCCUCUUUCGCUGUACCGGGAACCAAGUUUCGGACACGGACGGUUGAGAAUACUGGAUGAAAAUCGAGCGCAUUGGUCGUGGCACCGCAACAAUGAUUCUGAUGCAUUCAUGGCUGAUGAAAUCGCAGGAAAUUCUCCAUCAACAUGCUCCAAUGGUCAUAGUGACCAUCAAAGCGAGGUAUGGCUGGCUGCACAAAAUUCCCUUCGGUUGUCAUCUUCUUUGCUGAUGCAAGAACCUCAAAGACUGCUGCUUUGAUUUUGUCAGGCCCAAUGGGCGCUCUGAUACCAGAAUGUUAAGAAUUGAAACUCUAGAUGGAAGAAUACUCAACAAUUCUGGGAAUGACUUAACAUCUUAUUGAACAAACAAAGCUUAUAAAUAGCCUUUUACAAUAAAGAAAACUAGCUCAUGUUUACAACUAAUCAACAUGAUAAGUGCAACUAGAAAAGGUCAAAAGCAGUACCCUAAAGACUAGGGCUUAUUCAAACUGAAUGCAAAAUCUUAACUGAAUCCCUAAACUUUCUCUUCAGACUCCACUGCCUCACACCCCCACGUUGAGCCCAAGCCAGAGAUGGGUUUGAUUUUCUGGAGCAUCCACCCAGGUGUUAACAAUUACACAUUUAUUUGUUUUUUAUUUUAAGUUUAAUUACAAUUAUCCACAUCAUCGCCAUUAGCAAUUACACAAUUAUUUGUUAUAUACACAUGUGUUAAAUAAAUUUUAUUUUAUUUAUUUUUUAAAUAUACACAUGGAUGCUACGUCACCAUUUUCUAAAAAACUGAGACGGGAUAGAAAUAAUGUGCAAAACAAUAGUUUGAGGAUAGAAUGAAGAAAAAAAAUAAUUUAAAGACAUAAUCGAGAGAAAUGUGAUAGCGUAAGGAGAUAUAUAAUAUUUUAGCCUAGAAGCAUCUCAAGAAAAAGAAAUAUGUGAUGUGAUUGGAUGAAGAAGUAAGACACGGCCAAAAGGUCCAAACUCCAAACCACUUGGCAAAUAGGAAGAAUCUACACGAAACCAACCAAACCAUCACUUAUCUUUCAACUCCACCAAGAAAGCGACUUAUCUUUUUUUUUUCCUUUUUUUUUUUUUUUUUUGCAUUUUUUU